GGCCCAAAAUUCGUCACCUGCUGACCCUGUUAUGAACUUUGAAGGACGUCCCUCCGCCCGCUAAGGUUAUUUUAUAUCUAUCGAUAUCAUUACACGAUUUAAAUCCGUAAUCGAAACUCAAUUUGAGUGAACCGUUCAAAGUUAUCCGAACUUUAAACGAUUUCGAAGCCCGAAAAUGCAGAGCAACAUCAUGAGUCGAUUGUCCACUUCACUCAAACCGGUGAUCGUCCAUUUGCAACAAGGCCAUGUUCCUUGUUCAGUCACCGUGUUAUCUGGUUCACUCAGCAGGCGCCAAAAAAGAUAUUACUCUUCCGGCGGUGAAGUCGAUUUGGUUGUCAUCGGCUCCGGCCCUGGUGGUUAUGUAGCUGCCAUAAAAGCAGCUCAACUCGGUAUGAAUACUGUCAGUGUUGAGAAGAACGCUACAUUGGGAGGUACGUGUUUGAAUGUCGGAUGCAUCCCUUCUAAAGCUCUGCUCAACAAUUCGCAUUAUUAUCAUAUGGCCCAUUCUGGAGAUUUAGCUGCCAGAGGUGUCGAAGUCGAAGGAGUGAAACUGAAUUUAGAAAAAUUGAUGGAAACCAAAACCAACGCUGUAAAAGCUUUAACCGGAGGUAUCGCUUCGUUAUUCAAGUCCAAUAAAGUUAGAUCGGCCAAAGGUCACGGUAAAAUUACCAGCGCUAAUACCGUCGCUGUAUUAGAUGAGAAUGGCUCGGUAACCGAAGAAAUUAAGACUAAAAAUAUUUUAAUCGCCACUGGAUCAGAAGUUACCCCUUUCCCUGGAAUUGAUAUCGACGAAGUACAAAUUGUUUCCUCAACUGGAGCAUUAUCACUUACCGAGGUUCCUAAAAAACUAGUCCUUAUCGGUGCUGGAGUCAUUGGUUUAGAAUUGGGUUCUGUAUGGAAACGUCUUGGAGCCGAAGUUACCGCUGUUGAAUACUUGAAUUCCAUCGGAGGUGUCGGUAUCGACGGCGAAGUUGCUAAAUUAUUCCAAAGAAUAUUGGGUAAACAAGGUAUUAAUUUCAAACUCGGAACUAAAGUCACAGGAGCACAUAAGACAGGUGGAAACGUCGUCGUUGAAGUUGAAAAUGUCAAAGAUCCGUCGAAAAAAGAAGAAUUGGAAUGCAACGUUCUGCUGGUUUGCGUUGGAAGACGACCGUACACGAAUAAUCUCGGAUUAGAAGAAUUAGGAAUUGAAAAAGACGAAAAAGGCAGAAUACCUGUAAAUUCUCGUUUCCAAACAGUCAUUCCAAACAUAUUUGCCAUCGGAGAUUGUAUCCAUGGACCUAUGUUAGCCCAUAAAGCUGAAGACGAAGGUAUUGUCUGCGUAGAAGGUAUUACCGGAGCUCCUGUGCACAUAGAUUACAAUUGCGUCCCAUCUGUGAUAUACACUCAUCCAGAAGUUGGUUGGGUCGGUAGAACAGAAGAAGAUUUAAAAAAAGAUGGAAUCGAAUACAAAGUUGGUAAAUUCCCAUUCGCUGCCAACAGCAGAGCAAAAACAAACAACGAAACUGAAGGAUUCGUUAAAGCUUUAAGCGAUAAAUUGACCGAUAAAUUAUUAGGCUGCCAUAUUGUUGGACCAAAUGCCGGCGAAUUAAUUAACGAAGCUGUAUUAGCAAUGGAAUACGGAGCAUCGUGCGAAGACAUCGCUAGAGUUUGUCACGCUCAUCCGACCUGUUCGGAAGCAUUACGAGAAGCUAAUUUGGCUGCCUAUUUCGGCAAAGCUAUCAAUUUCAGUUAAGAAUCAGGUUCAGAUGAAACAAAAGUGAUACGGAUGAACAAUUUUAUCAAUCAUACAAUGCUAAAUUUAAACGCCAUUUAAUCAUUAGAUGAUUGUACCAAAGGUGAUGUACCUUCAAUGAAAAAUUCCACGAGCAUGCUUGAAAUGUCGAAUUAAUCGUUUCAUUAUGUAAUUUAUUCAAAGUGUUAAUGUAAUUACGUGUUGUAUAUAAAAAAAAAUAAUUCUAA